AUGAACGAAACAACAUCGCCGUCUUACCAGUCGACAAACCCAACUAAUCCAUUUUUGAGCGGUCAACUCCAAGCUGAAGAUUCCUUCACCAGCUAUCAGAAUACGUAUCCACAACAAGAUGGUGCUCCAAGAACUCAAAGCAUGCAAAGCGUCGACUUUUACGCUUCAUCCGAGGAAGGUGGGUUCGAAGAGGGCGGUGGAAACCCAGGCGCUAAAAUCAAUGAAUUUCAAGCAGCUUGGAAUGUCACGAACGCUAUUCAAGUAAGCAAAGACUUCAAUGACUUUCAUCCUGGUCGUAACGGAAAAUAA